AAGACUUUUGAGGGCCCAGGUACACCGAUCAGGGGAGGUAGGGUUUUUUAACCUUCACUUGUCAUAGAGUUCUGGAAGACAAAGUGCUUUUGCAGCCAGCAACACUCAGCAGCCAGAGCAGCGGCGCCUCUCCCUCAUCGCAAAAUGGGUGUUUUCAGGUUUCACCAGUACCAGGUGGUGGGGAGAGCCCUACCGACUGAGAAGGAUGAGCACCCCAAGAUCUACCGGAUGAAGCUCUGGGCCACCAAUGAGGUCCGUGCCAAAUCCAAGUUCUGGUACUUCUUGAGGAAGUUGAAGAAAGUGAAGAAAAGCAAUGGACAAGUUUUGGCCAUCAAUGAGAUUUUUGAGAAAUAUCCUACUACCAUCAAGAACUAUGGGAUUUGGCUUCGAUAUCAGAGCCGAACUGGUUAUCACAACAUGUACAAGGAGUACCGAGACACAACUCUCAACGGUGCUGUUGAAGCCAUGUACACUGAGUUGGCAUCUCGUCACAGGGUGAGGUUUCCGUGCAUCCAAAUCAUCAAGACAGCUACCAUCCCAGCAAAACUCUGCAAGAGGGAGAGCACCAAGCAGUUCCAUAACUCCAAGAUCAAGUUCCCGUUGGUGUUCAGGAAGGUUAGGCCCCCAAGCAGGAAGCUCAAGACGACAUACAAGGCGUCCAGGCCCAACCUCUUUAUGUAAUCUCGUUAUGUCCUAAGGGUUCCCUUCAUCCGAAGGCUUUGCAUUUUAAUUAGUUAAACUAGUUACCGGAUUUUUGCUUCGUGGGAGUAUGAACAUCUUUUUUUCUAUUAUCUGGAUUGUUUCAGUUUUGAAGAUUGCACACUUUACAAGUUCAGAAUGAAUUUAAUGAGCUUGGUACUUUCGCUUA